AUGAUCCUGAACUGGCUGCUGGGAAGGCCUGCACCUGAGGGCGAAGGGGGCGCCAGCGACGCCACGACAAGGGGGGCGCCGGCGGAGCGGGCCGACCGGCCCACGGGCAAGGCGGCCAGCAGGGCUGCCGACCAACACAAGCUGCAGCAGAAGCUGAAGGGAUAUCACGACUUGGCGAAGGACAUCCUCGAGAAGGCUUACGAUGCGGACGUGCGUGAUGCCCCCGGGCGAGCGCUGCCGCUUUACAACAAGGCCCUAGAGGCGAUCGACGAGGGGCUGGCGCUGAGGGUGGUGUCGUCCGGACUAGGGCCGCACGCGAGCAACGUGGCCAAGUGGAGGAAGGCACUCCUGGAUUGGCGGGAAUCCGCCACCGCCAGGAAAGGGCAACUUGCAUCUGGAGCUGCAUCAGCUGGAAGAGGCAGAGCCAAUGGAGGAAGAGGUGGCAGACGUCCCAGGCCAUCGCAAGCUGUGGCUCAUGCCACAACCCACAGUUCUCCUGCAGCAAGGCCCCAAACCGCAGGGCCCCGCCCCCCAUGGCAGGGAGCCAGCAAGGCAGCAGGGCCACCCAGGAGGAACAGUCAAAAGCAGAUGGCAUCCUCAGCAGCUGGUGCUGUGGUUUCUGGUGUGAAGAAGGCGGCCGUCGCUGCAGUCGAGGCUGUCAAGAAGGACUCUGAUAAAUACCGUCAGAUCAUUCUGGCAGAGGUUCUGGUGGCGAAGCCCAAGGAAAGCUGGGAGGACAUCGCUGGGCUGCGGGUAGCCAAGCAGGCCCUGUACGAGUCUGUUAUUCUGCCCACCUUGCGGUCAGACCUCUUUAAGGGCCUUCGCAGCCCUCCAAGGGGGUUGUUACUGUAUGGACCGCCAGGCAACGGGAAGACCCUGCUCGCCAAGGCGCUGGCCGCCGAGGCCAACGCCACGUUCUUCAACAUCUCCGCCUCCUCCCUGACCUCCAAGUGGGUGGGCGAGGGUGAGAAGCUCGUGCGCACGCUCUUCGAGGUGGCCCACGAGAACCAGCCCGCCAUCAUCUUCAUCGACGAGAUCGACUCCAUCCUCUCCAGCCGCAGCUCCAACGAGAACGACGCAAUGCGACGCCUGAAGACCGAAUUUCUAGUCCAAUUUGACGGCGUGGCCAGCAACAGCGAGCGUGUGGUGGUGCUGGGAGCGACGAACCGGCCUCAUGAGCUAGAUGAUGCCGCUCGCCGACGGCUGGUCAAGCGGAUAUACAUCCCCCUGCCGGACGCAGAGGCCCGCGCGGCGAUCAUCCGCCACCUUUUUGCUGGCCAAUCCCACUCGCUGAGUCGUCGGGAGGUCGACCGCGUGGUGCGCAUGACUGAGGGCUACUCGGGGAGCGACCUGACCGCCCUGUGCAAGGAGGCAUCCAUGGUGGCGAUACGGGAGCUGGGGGCGGACGUGCGGCGGGUGGACGCGGCGCGCGUGCGGGACGUGGAGAUGGCGGACUUCGAGCACGCGGUGGGCGUGAUUCGGCCGAGCAUGAACAGGGAGAUGCUGAAGGUGUACGACGACUUCACGAACGAAUUUGGCACGCAAUAA